CAAAAAGGCAAAGGAUGUGGGUACAGGUUAGAUUUGUUUAGUGAAGCCGGUAAGAGAGUGAUGUCAGGGCAAGUAAACUAAGGCAUGUUGUGGCUGGCCAACUUGGACCAUUGCUGGACCACUGACAGACUGAGCUGCCACGGCAUGCAGCACCACCCCUGGUGUGUCCUAUGCGAUCAGGAGCCGGAAACGAUGUACCACCUGCUAGUUGCGUGCCCCUUCUCUCGGCAAAUUUGGCACAAUGCCCUCUCUUGGCUCCGCCUGACCCGACCCAGGACGACAACCUAAAGGACUGGUGGCGGCAAGCCAAACAGGCCACGCCGCGGCCAAUGCAAAAAGGGCUUGCAUCGGCGGUCCACUUGCGGCGUGGAUGAUCUGGAAGCAGCGGAAUGCCUGCGUGUUCGACGCCGCACAACCAUCCUCAACCCAGCUCAUGGCGAGAAUCAAAGACGAGGCUACACUCUGGGUCCGGGCAGGCGCCACUGGCCUGGGACUGGGGCGUACACUAAUUUUCUUGCAUUUUGAUCCUGUAUCUCUCCUGCUCGGAGACCUGUACUGCUAAACUCUCCUUCUAUUCAAUGAAAUGAAACACAAAGUCUUUGCGUUUUCCCGAAAAAAAAAUCAUCAAAGAUUGAGGAUGACUGGAAAAUCUACAGUGCAGUUUAUUUUUUGCACGGAAGAAUGGGUAGUUGACUUGUAGUAGAUUACAGCAUGCAACCAAUAAUAGUGAAGCACUGAAACAUCAGUGCGAACUAGGAAGCUGUCUGGUGGGCUGGGGGCAGUUGUGUAAAAUCCAAUUUUCUUGACCCAAAUUAUUCAUGGUGACUGGGUCUAUGACUACGAGGGGCAGAACAAAUGGAAGCAAGAUCUCCUUUCUUUCCCUGUCAUGCUCUUUCAUGGUUAGACCACCAUUGGUGCUUUAUCCAGUCAGGGGACAACAUAAGCUCACCAGAAACCAUGCAGACACUCCAUUUUCCCAACAAGACAUACAAGAUAGGGCACAUACCUUCCCUUGGCCUUGCUCUUGUGCUGCUGAUAUGCUUGGCCUCUCCUACGAGUUCCUGCAUGCAGCAGGAGAAGGGCUCCCUUCUUCAGUUCCUCGGCGGGCUCUCACGUGAUGGUGGCCUCGCUGUGUCAUGGAAGAAUGGCUCAGAUUGCUGCCAGUGGGAAGGGAUCACCUGCAGCACAGAUGGGAUUGUUACGGAUGUCUUGCUGGCUUCUAGGAGUCUUCAGGGGCACAUCACACCUUCUCUUGGGAACAUCACUGGAUUGUUGCGCCUCAACCUGUCGAAUAAUCUGCUAUCAGGUGGUCUACCGCAGGAACUGGUAUCCUCCAGCAGCAUCCUCAUCUUAGAUGUCAGCUUUAACCGUCUCGGAGGAGAGCUGCACGAGUUGUCGUCUGCCCAUGCCCGGCCACUGAAGGUACUGAACAUCUCGAGCAAUUUGUUUACAGGACAGUUUCCGUCCUCCACAUGGCAGGGGAUGAAAAAUCUGGUUGCACUCAAUGCCAGCAACAACAGCUUUACUGGGCAGCUACCAACUCAUUUCUGUGCCAGCUCGCCAUCCUUGGCAGUGCUCGAACUCUGCUACAACCAAUUCAGAGGGAGCAUCCCCCCUGAACUUGGUAGCUGCUCCGUGCUCAGAGUGCUCAAGGCUGGCCACAACAACCUCAGCGGGACUCUCCCAGACGAACUCUUCAAUGCUAGCUUGUUAGAAUUCCUCUCCUUUCCUGGGAACAGAUUACAAGGAAGGCUUCAAGGCUCACUUAUAGCCAAACUCGAAAAUCUGGGUACUCUUAAUCUUGGAGACAACAUCAUCAGCGGCAAGAUUCCAGAGUCUAUAGGUCAUCUCAAGAGAUUGGAGGAACUCCAUUUAAACAACAACAACAUGUAUGGGGAGCUGCCACCAAGUCUGACCAACUGCACAAAUCUCAUGACCAUCGACUUCAAGAGCAACAAUUUCAGCGGAGAACUCGCCAAGGUCAAUUUCUCCAACCUACCCAAUCUACAAACUUUAGAUCUUAUGCACAACAUCUUCACUGGCAAAAUUCCGGAAAGCAUCUACUCAUGCAGAAAUCUAACUGCACUGCGGCUAUCUUCCAAUAUGUUCUAUGGCCAGCUGUCAGAAAAGAUAGGCAAUCUGAAGUCCCUCUCAUUCCUGUCAUUUACUAACAACAAUCUUACAAAUAUCAGAAGUGCACUUCAUAUCCUUAAGAGAUGCAGGAAUCUUACGACCCUGCUUAUUGCGCUCAACUUCAGGAGAGAAAUCAUGCCAGAGGAUGACAUGAUUGAUGGUUUUGAAAAUCUUCAGGUUUUUAGCGUCGGAGGAUGCGAAUUAUUUGGACAAAUGCCUCACUGGAUAUCAAGGCUAGCAAAUUUACAAAUAUUAAUCUUGUCUGGCAAUCAACUCACUGGAUCAAUACCAGCCUGGAUCAAAACCCUAAGCAACCUGUUUUUUCUGGACAUAUCAAACAACAGCCUCGCAGGGGAUAUUCCGACAGCCCUUAUGGAUAUGCCAAUGCUAAAGUCAGAUAAGAGUGAAGCCCAUUUAGCCCCAGGGGUAUUUGAGCUACCUGUUUAUGACAGUCUAUCACGUCAAUACCGUGUACCUAUUGCUUUGCGUAAUGUGCUGGAUCUAAGCCACAACAAAUUCACUGGUGAAAUCCCCCUUGAGGUAGGCCAGUUGAAAGCCCUCCUUUCACUCAAUUUAAGUUUCAAUCACUUGACAGGACAGAUCCCACAGUCAAUAUCCGAUCUCACAAACCUGCAGCUGUUAGACUUGUCGAGCAAUAAUCUAACAGGUGCAAUUCCGGAUACAUUGAGUAGACUGAACUUCCUUUCAAAAUUUAACAUUUCAAACAAUGGCCUUGAAGGGCCUAUUCCAUCUGGAGGCCAGUUCGAUACAUUUCAGAAUUCUAGUUUCGAUGGGAAUCCAAAGCUGUGUGGCCCUUUUCACACUCACAAAUGUGGUUUAUUUUUAAUACCUUCAUCCUCCAGAAAGAAACAAGAUACGAAGGCUGUUUUUGCAAUCGCAUUUGGCGUGUUCUUCGGAGGCAUUGCUAUUGUUUUGUUGCUGGGGCGUCUCCUUGUCUCGAUCAGGCAGAAGGAUAUUAUGGCAAAACAUAGAAGGGAGACUAAUGGAGAUAUUGAAGAGGCUUCAUUCUGCGCCAAGUCAGAGCAAACAUUAGUGGUGAUGUGGAUGCCAAAAGGAAACGGAGAAGAAAACAAGCUCAAAUUCGCUGACAUUUUGAAAGCCACGAACAACUUUGACAAGGCGAACAUCAUUGGAUGUGGAGGUUAUGGACUAGUCUACAAAGCGGAGCUGCCUGAUGGCUCCAAGCUGGCAAUAAAAAAGCUCAAUGGUGAUAUGUGUCUAAUGGAAAGGGAGUUCAGUGCAGAGGUUGAUGCACUCUCCAGGGCACAACAUGAAAACCUUGUACCACUGUGGGGUUACUGCCUCCAGGGAAACUCAAGGUUUCUUGUAUAUUCCUACAUGGAGAAUGGAAGCCUGGAUGAUUGGCUCCAUAACAGGGAUGAAGAUGCUAGCUCAUUUCUUGACUGGCCGACUCGACUCAAGAUCGCACAAGGAGCAAGCCUGGGACUUUCUUAUAUCCAUGAAAUCUGCAACCCUCAGAUUGUCCACCGAGACAUCAAAUCCAGUAACAUCCUACUGGACAAAGAAUUUAAAGCUUAUGUUGCAGAUUUUGGGCUAGCCAGAUUGAUUCUUCCCAACCAAACUCAUGUCACAACUGAUCUGGUCGGUACAAUGGGUUACAUUCCCCCCGAGUAUGGGCAAGCAUGGGUUGCUACAUUGAGAGGUGAUAUGUACAGUUUCGGAGUAGUACUGCUUGAGCUGCUCACUGGAAUGCGCCCUGUUUCAAUCCUAUCAACGUCAAAGGAACUUGUCCCAUGGGUGCUGGAGAUGAGGUCCGAGGGGAAGCAGGUUGAGGUCCUAGAUCCAACACUUGGAGGCACAGGACGUGAAGAUCAAAUGUUAAAGGUGCUUGAAGCUGCUUCCAAAUGUGUCGAACCCAAUCAGUUCAUGAGGCCAACCAUCAUGGAAGUAGUCUCCUGCCUGGCCAGUAUAGAUGCUGAUCCGCAGAUGCAAAGAUGAGCCAACAUACAAGCCACACAUGAUAGAUAAUCUUGCAGUUUUGUGCAUUACGUUAUUCUAGUUUCAGUAGAGCUACUACUUGUGAUAAUCAGUUUGUUUUGCACUUUUGCACGGAGCCUUAGAACAGGUUGCCAUCUUGGGCUUUGCGUGCUUUUUCAGGAAAUGUUUUGGUAUUCAUGUUGCUUCAGAUAUUUUCUGUGAGGACCUACAGAUGUUUCUGUAUGUAUUAUAUUAAUAUAUGCUUUAAGUUUCACAAGCA